UGACAGUAGUCUUAUCAGUUGUUUGCCUGCCUGUUACUCUCCCGCUGACAGUCAGUAGCCGUGUAUCGCUUCCCACCUCUCGAAUGCAAACUUAGUAUAACUUUAAGUUAGCUUUCCAACCAAACUGACGACUUUAGGAGCGAAACACAAACUGUUGUCUCGCCGUCGCACGUCUCAAUGGACACUGUUCAGAAAGUGAUGUCUGGAUUUUCUCUGGACCUGGGACCAUUAAAGGAACCUCUUGGAUUUAUUCGUGUCCUAGAAUGGGUCUUCACCAUCUUUGCCUUUGCUACCACUGGAGGUUACAGUGGGACAACCCACUUUACAGUCACCUGCACAGGAAGCCAGGUGGUGCACGAUGUUAAGCCUGCGUUCGCCUACCCAUUCAGGUUGUCAGCGUACCCAUAUAAGAUCCCCACAUGUAACGGCAGUGGAUUCAAUGUGACCUACCUGCAGGGCGACUUCUCCUCCUCGGCAGAGUUCUUUGUGUGUGUCGGUGUGUUUGGGUUCCUUUAUUGCACUGCCACACUCAUCCUCUACCUGGGCUACCAGAACAUCUACCGCCAGACCACCCGCGGCCCCGUCAUAGACCUGGUGGUGACCGCUGCCUUUGCCUUCCUGUGGCUUGUGUCCUCCUCAGCCUGGGGCAAAGGGCUGACCGAUGUCAAAUGGGCCACUAACCCUCACCACCUAGUGGAGCAAUGCCCGGACAUCUGUAAAGUAGAAGAGUUUCCCUCUAUGGGCCGCCUCCACGCCUCUGUGAUUUUUGGCUUUUUGAACUUGAUCCUGUGGGCAGGUAACUGCUGGUUCAUUUACAAGGAGACUCCUUUCCACAAGGAUCCCAGCCCACCGGCCACCAUGGAGGAAGGAGGGGCCCCCGGGCCUUAACCACAUCACUGAGGGUCUUUGAGCAUAGUCCUGUACCCACAGCAGAAAAGCUUUGUGCUCAACACUGGUCUCCGAUGUUAACCUGCAGAAAUGGAAACAAAAGGAAGGCAGUUGUCCUAAAUCCCCCCCCCUGUACCUCCCAACACCUGUCAGAGCUAUUUUUCAGUUACUGCUCUUUUAGCUCAAGUUAAUCCAUUUAAUUCACCCAGCAACACUGUUCUUUAUUUUUUCAAAAUCAGCUCCCAAUUCCCCUGUGCCUACACUAAGUGCAAAUAGAAACUAAACUGCUUACACACUACGUACAGUAAGAGCUACUGUGAAUGUAACCUGGGUUGAAACCUAACAGUGAAUGUAUUUGGUGUUCAGAACAGCAGGCCUGCAGUGCAUUUACUUUCACAUCAGCACAUUGUCCUCCCUUGAUGUCUGCCCUUCAGGGAACCACCGAGUGAUGAAAUUGUGAUGCAAGGAGCCAGAAUCUGUACUGGUCCUCCGCCGGUGGAAGAAGGCAGAGGAUUCACAGAGGUUCAGAGAAUUCAAACGGCCCUCAUAUCCAAAUAAAAGCAUGUGUUUUUACUCUUAAUCUGGGAGCAAAUGUGCACCUUGGGUUCUCUCUCAAGCCAGUCUAGUAAGAACCUGCUUUUUUUUCCAUUAAGUAAUUUAAAACGGCACAGAUUCCAAGUGCUAUAAUUCUAAACAUUUGAAUUUCAAUAAAUGAACCUGAAUGCUGUUUUUCCUCAAUUUAAAGCUCCAGUAGGUAAUUUUUAUAAAAAUGACAUUGUCAUAUUUGCUGAAACCUUCACUAUAUCUUGACAGUAGAACACAAGACAGAUAAUCUGUGAAACAAUCAGGUUCCUCUGGCUCCUCCUAGCACUCCUUAUAGAAUUUGCAAAACUUGUUUUCGUUCAGGCCCGGUAGAUUCUAGUAAAUCCCAUUAGGAGGUCUAGGAGGAGCCAGAGGAACCUGAUUGUUUCACAGACUAUCUGUCUCAUGUUCUACUGUCAAUUUCAGCAAAUAUGACAACAUUUUAAUAAAAGUUAACUACUGCAGCUGUAAAGUAAUUUAGAGCCAUACCAUUCCCCCACUAAUGUUCUAAGCUGCUGACACACACUUAAAUAUACUUCACACUUAUGUGCUUAACUUUUUAAAUAAUACACACUAAAGAAAAAAAUCACACCACAAUCUAUUGCACUUCUCUGUACUUAAAGUGGGUAAGCAGAGACAUUUAUUUUAAAAGUAUCAUUUUGGUCAUGUUCCAGGUUGUCCCAGCAUUUGUCCUGGUUAUCUUCAGCCUGUAUCCAGAACAAGGCAGGCUCUCUAACUGUUUACUCCAGUAGCUGUUGCACAGGACUUCAGUGACUGAUAGAUGUCAAGCCAAACCAUGUUUAGUUCCUCAUUGAUCAAAAUGUUCAAUUUACACUACUCAGUAACACUAAGACUUCUCCUUGUUUGGACUCUGUUUUCCUUGCAGUGAUAUUAUUUAUAUACAGUUCAUUUGUAUUUUUAUCUACAUGAAUUGGUCCAUUGCAUAUUUUUAAAACCAACAUUGGGUUUCUGUUUGUAUUUCCCUAUGGAAAAGUGUCGGUGUGCAGCUUCUCUUUGAUAUUUUUUUUUUUUUGGUAACGUCAUAUUUGCUGUUAAAUUUGUUGUACCACUGAGUAGCCUUAGGCUUAAUCUCCAGAUUAUAAAUAGUUAAAGAACAAAAGUGGUCAACUGGGUGCCAGAUUGAUGUAAUCCUGCUGUAUUUCUUUAUGACUCCUGCCCAUAGUUCUGCUCUGCAUGUAACCUGACAGCCAGUGCCAUACAGUACAUUAUUUGGUUUAGUAUUGAACUCUUUGCAUUGCACUAAGAGGGAUCUAAUGAUCUCUAUGAAGUAACGGUUUUGAUUUGAAUUAUUGGUCCGUCUGUGCAGCUGUUUUAUUUUAUCGCCAUAGCCUCUGUAGGGAACAAAUGAGGGGCCGUUUAUGUCACUGUAAGCAAAGUAAUAUAUUUUCCACAUCAUAUUGAAAUUAGACACAUAUUUAGUAAGACACCUUAUCAAUUUUAAAAGAAACAUCUUACUUUAAUUAGAGCACAAUGGUAUGUGGGAUGUUUAUGCAUUUAUUGACAUUGGUCUUUGUGUAUUUUAUGCCUUGUUUGUGCACAAGGAAACAAUGGUUUGUCUGUAUCGACAUGUGUAAAACAUGAGAGCUGCAACUGCUGGA